AUAAACUGUCUCAUUCAAAUUAAUUUUUUCAUCAUAUUACAGUUUGUAUCUAGGACAGGAGUAGAAAUUUUAUUCUAAACUUGCUGCAAGACUUCCUCAGUCUUGUGACUGCCAGUAGCCACUGCACAAUGGCUCCACUGUCAGUUCCUUGUUCCUCAGGUCCUCCCCGCAUCACAAACUAUCUUCGUGCAUACAGCAACGUCACCAGCAAGAAGAAAGACGAUGAGGAUCAGGAUGAUACAUUGCAGGUGCUGGCUGCCAAGCGGGAGAAGCGGAGGCAAGAAAUCAGGGAGAGCGGCGCCAGUUGGGCGCGCAUCAAGAAGGGCGUGGAGAAGCUGGCUGCUGAUGGAGACCUCAACGUCAACUGCUACCUCAAGGACCUCUAUGACGUUGCCAGACAGGUUUCCCCCGAGCUUGAGACGCGAGACGAAGUUUGCAGUUUGUUGUUCCGCGAGAGCUUCCCCCACCGCCACCUCCCCCAGCACAGCCGCCUGAGGGUGCGCCAGGUGGUGGGCGACGUGGCCAGCGCCCUCAUUGACCGGGCACACCAGUGUGUGCAGAAGGUGGUGGAGCUGGUUGGUGCAGAGGAGCUACAGGAACUCAUGAAUGUUCUCGAGAACACCGACAACAAACGCGAGAUGUUCGGCUCGAACCUCAAGGUGGGGGGCAUGUGCCUGGAAUGUCCCGUGCAGAUCCUCCCUGGACUUAUGAAGCUCACGCACUCAGAAAAAUCUGAGACAAACUCGCCUGCGCUGACCCUGCAAUACAGCAAGCCUGAACCACUCCCCAACAAGACACCCAUGCCCCCUCAUGACACCCAUGCCCCCNUUACCUCCUCCAGGAGUGAUGACGAGCUGCAGAACGAGCUGUUCGACUUCCUGGGCUUCGAACGCUUCGAGCUCAUCCAGAAGUUGCUGUCAAAGCGCCGCGUGCUGACCACCGCACCCAGCAAGCAGCACAAGCUCGCCGUCCUUAAAGAGGAGCUGCAGCAGCGGGGGCACAGCUUCAGCAGCAACACCCUGGGCCAGAGUGUGACUGUCAUGAGCGAGACCGAGAAGACCUUCCUGAAGCAGGCGAGGAAGGAGGAGAAGAAGAUGAUGAAGACGGCACGGCAGCUCGCUGACGACGACAGCGUCCAGGACUUUGAUCCUGCCGCCCUUAAGGCCAAGAGGGAGCUGGCGCUGCUAGGCGCUAGUGAAGCGCUGCUGCUGAAGCGUGACCGGCCGUUCGCCGCGCCCCAGGUCGUCUAUCCUUACGUCUACGAUAACUUCGCUGCAGCCAAGCAGACUGCAGGGUUUGUGUCGGGGCAGCGGCUGGUUCUCCCCGAGGGGUUCACGCGCACCAGCGACGCCGUCAAGGAGGAGGUCGAGAUCCCCAAGAACGACCCCGCCCCUCCUGACGUGGGGGCUAAACUCAUCCCCAUCUCCACGCUGGACCAGGUCGGUCAGGUCGCCUUCAGGAACUGCAAGACCCUAAACAGGAUCCAGAGUGUGGUGUACCCCGCAGCGUACCACAGCAACCACAACCUCCUCAUCUGCGCCCCCACCGGUGCAGGCAAGACCAACAUCGCCAUGCUCACCGUCGUCCAUCAGAUCAGGCAGCACAUGGACGAAGCCGGCGUCAUCCAGAGGGACAAGUUCAAGAGGGACAAGUUCAAGGUGCGUCAUCCAGAGGGACAAGUUCAAGAACUGUGUUCACUUGACUCACUGGCCGUGGAGAACUGUGUNACCCACAUGCUCGUCACCACGCCUGAGAAGUGGGACGUCACCACCAGGAAGCCAGGUAAUGACAUGCACCUCACCAAGGCAGAGAUGAUGGCAACCCACAUGCUCGUCACCACGCCUGAGAAGUGGGACGUCACCACCAGGAAGCCAGGCGACACGCAGCUGGCGCAGCUGGUGAAGCUGCUCAUCAUUGACGAGGUGCACCUCCUGCACGGCGACCGCGGGCCUGUCCUCGAGACCCUCGUCGCCCGCACACUGCGCAUGGUAGAGUCGCAGCAGACGAUGGUGCGCAUCGUCGGUCUCUCAGCGACGCUGCCCAACUACUGCGACGUGGCAGAGUUCCUGCACGUCAACCCCUACACCGGCCUCUUCUUCUUUGAUGGGCGGUUCCGUCCGGUGCCGCUGGGGCUGACGUUCUGCGGCAUGAAGGCGAUGAGUCGCCUGCGCCUGAUGGAGGAGAUGGACAGAGUGUGCUUUGACAAGGCGCUCCACUACGUGCAGAAGGGCGAGCAGGUGAUGGUGUUCGUGCACGCACGUAACGGCACCCUACGCACGGCCGAGAACCUUAUCAAGCUGAUGCAGGAGCACGGUAAGGGCGAGGCGUUCGCCCCAGAGUCGUGCCCUGCCGUGACGCGGGCCCGCCACGACCUCGCCCGGUCCCGCAACAAGAAGCUCAGCGAACUCUUCGACCACGGCUUCGGGGUGCACCACGCCGGGCUCCUGAGAGCCGACAGGUCGCUGAUGUUGUGUGAUGUAGGCUGUGGUGUGCAGGGCACGGACAUCUACGACAGCAAGCGCGGGGAGAUGGUGGACCUCGGCAUCCUGGAUGUGCUGCAGAUCUUCGGUCGCGCGGGGCGCCCCCAGUUCGACUCUAGCGGCCAGGGCAUCAUCAUCACGACCCAUGAGCGGCUGGUGCACUACCUCUCCCUCCUCACCAACCAGUACCCCAUCGAGAGCUCCUUCAUCAACCACCUCGCCGACAACCUCAACGCCGAGAUAACUCUGGGCACCGUGACCAACAUUGAGGAGGCGAAGGCAUGGUUGAAGUACACCUACCUCUACGUCAGGUGUAGGAAGAACCCACAGACCUGGGCCGUAUCGCCAGCCAGUACAGGUAGCAUGUACCAUGAGUGUUCCCUAGUACCUUUAGUAACAACCAAUACCCCCACAGACCUGGGCCGUAUCGCCAGCCAGUACUACAUCAAGUAUGACACGGUCGAGGUGUUCAAUACGUUCCUGCGUCAGGUGAUGAACGAGGCCGACAUCCUGGCCGUCAUAUCACAGAGCUCGGAGUUCCAGCAGCUCAAGAGAGAGAGCCAAUGUUACUUCAUCCCGACUACGUGCCUCACCCCAUGCGCUGGAGAAGGGGGGGCAGCCCUCAGCAUCUCCCGCGUCAGGGUCGAGGGCUUCUCCCUCGUGUCCGACAUGAACUACGUGAUUGAGAACUCGGUGCGCAUCACACGGGCGCUGUUCGAGAUCGUGCUGCACAAGAACUGGCCGCUGCUGGCGGGUCGCCUGCUCACCAUGGCCAAGAUGCUGGAGCGACAACUCUGGAACUUCCAGAGCCCCCUGCACCAGUUCUCUAAACUGCCCCAUGAAAUACUCAACAAGAUCGAGGCCAAGAGACUCACUGUCGAGAAAAUCAGAGACAUGGACGCUAAAGAGAUCGGUCUGCUGCUGAAGUUUGUCUAUCGGGCAGGUCUGCUGCUGAAGUUUGUCUAUGGGGCAGGUCUGCUGCUGAAGUUUGUCUAUCGGGUGAUGCUGGAGGCGCAGCAGGAGCUGGUCUUCACCAUCCCUAUAGUGGAGCCGCUGCCAUCACAAUACAUCGUACGCGCCGUGAGCGACCGCUGGCUGGGCUGCGAGACCUGCGCCGUUAUUGACUUCCAGCGCCUCGUGCUGCCUGACCUGCAUCCCCCACACACAGCGCUGCUGGACCUUCACCCUCUGCCAGUAACCGCCCUUCAGAACGCCGAGCUCGAAGUGCUGUUCCCCUUCACACACUUCAACCCCAUCCAGACGCAGCUGUUCCACACGCUGUACCACACGGACCACAACGUGCUGCUGGGGGCGCCCACGGGGUCUGGCAAGACCAUCGCUGCUGAGAUCGCCAUCUUCAGGGUCUUACGGGAGCAGCCCGACUGCAAGGUGGUCUACAUCGCGCCCAUGAAGGCUCUGGUGCGGGAGCGCGUCGACGACUGGAAGACCAAGAUAGAAGGCCACCUGGGUGAGGGGGGAGGGCCACCUGG